CCCUGCCCGCCUCGCCUCGGCUCCCCUCUCCUCGGGGAAGGCGAAGAAAGGCCGAUGGCGGCGCUUUAGCCCCCGCGCCCUCCCAGCGGGCUGCCCCGUCGCCUGCGCGCAGGAUGGGGCUGGCGGCGGCGCAGGCCGGCCUCUGAGCAUCCUCCGGCCCGCCUGCCCAGGCCUCUCGCGGCCCGGCCGGCCCGCCGCCGCCACCGCCAUGGCUACCGAGCUGGAGCCCGCCGGGCCCGGAGGCGCGCUGCUGGAGGCGGACGAGGACGAGGAGCAGUGGCUCUACGGAGAUGACAGUGGUAAGCAAGAAGAUGGACCGAUUUCUGGACACUCAGAAUCUCAUCUUUUACACGAUGUUCCCCAGGAGAACAGGAUUGUCAACUGUGAAGAUCGAGAGUUGUUGCAACAGGUUCUUCCUAGUGGCGAGGAUGAUGAGGAAGACAGUGAGAGCGACAGUGAUGAUGAUGACAUCAGAGUCACCAUUGGCAACAUCAAAACGGGAGCACCUUCGUACAUGGGAACACCGAUGAAUCUGAAUCUAAAAACAGGUCGAGGCUAUGGAGCAUCCGCUUCAGCCAAGCUGCAGCCCAAAGGUAUUGAUUUAGAGGCUGCAGGGAAUAUAAACGGAUUGCCUGUAAUAGAAGUGGAUUUAGAAUCGUUUGAAGACAAACCGUGGAGGAAACCAGGUGCUGACCUUUCUGACUAUUUCAACUAUGGGUUCAAUGAAGAAACAUGGAAGGCCUACUGUGAGAAGCAGCGUCGCCUUCAGCUGGGCUUGGAGCCCUCAGCCCCCAUCAGUGCUGAGAAUAAGAUCACAGUUCAGCAAGGAAGAACAGGAAAUGCAGAGAAAGAACCAGAGAAUAAUAUUGUCAAAAUGGAUUUCAAAACAGAUUUUGUAGCCCUGGUUGGCGGGCGGAUAAAAGCUGGGCCUCCCCCAAACAGGAAGCUGGGGGGAACCAUCGAUGUGAUUGGUGGACAGGCAGGCACCAUCAGAAGGGUAGAAGGAAGGCGUCGAGAUAAGCAUGCCUCUGAGGAGAACCCCAUUCAGGUUCUUGGGGAUCAUGUGAACAAAUCGCAACCCCCUCAGCAGCCGCAGCAACCGUCACAACCACAGCAGCCUCCUCAGCAACAGCCGUUUGCACCGCCCGCGGGUCCUCCACCGCCCAUUGGUGGCCCACCUCCACCCCACUUUCUCCAUCCGCCACCACCACCGGUGACUUCCGUCCCACCCCCUCUCCAUCCUCCAGGUCUUCCGCCACCAGGUCCCAUUCCAGGGUUGUUCCCUCCGCCUCUCGCUCCACCACCAGCCCUCCUCAUCCCGACACUAGAUGGCCAGCCUGCCAGCUACAACAACCGACAGCCGCCUCCGUUUGGUUACAGCUCCACAGAUUCAGGCUUCAUCAGCUACCCGCCCAUUUCCACAUCUCACACACCCUGGGUGACCACAGUGGACAAGGCCUCAAGUGCUUCUGACAGUGGUCACUGGGAAUACUCUGGCUCAAGGAGAGAGAGGGAAAGAGAUCGUGCCCGGACUCCCACUGCCAGCGAAUACAACAAUGAUGAUGAGAGGUAUCGUUACUAUAGCCGAGAGCGCAGUUAUGAUUUUGAGCGGGACUACCGCAGGAGCAGAGAUCGCAGUCGAGAACGAGAGGAUCGCCAUCGGGAACGAAGGCACAGAGACAAAGAAGAAGGCAGCAAACACAAAUCAUCCCGGCGGAAGCAGCAUGAGAGUGAGGAAGGGGAAAGCCAUCGGCGCCACAAGCACAAAAAGAACAAGCGCAGCAAGGAAGAGAAAGAGGCGAGUGAAGAUGGGGUCCCAGAGGGGAAUGAGCAAGACUCCAAGGAGUAGCCAGCCUGGCUGGGGUCCAAAAGCAGUAGCUGCCCUCCGGCCACCACCAGCCUGUCACUCUCCUGUGACUUUUUCCACUGAAUGACAGCGAGCCAGACAGAUUAUGGAUUGCCCACCAGCUCACUUUCGGUCAGGCUUUUUGGAAAGGAGAGCCCGGCCGUCACUUCGUACAAAGCACCAAGGGUUGUUUCACCGUCUUGGGUCCUGUGGCAUCUGCUGGGAAGUGGAUUCGGCUGAAAUGGAUGAGUUCAGAUUCUUGGACAAUAUUUGGCAAUUCCUUUUCCCCCUAGGCACGGUAGCAGCCGGAGGGGUUUUGUUAUCCAAAAAAAGAAAAAAAAACAUGAGACAGGUUAGGUCCUCUUAAGAGCCAGCUUAGAGCCUGGCUUCUAUAAACUAGUCCCCCUGCCCCUUCCUUGUAGCUGUGAAAAAAUUCUGUCUCCUAAGAAAAGUUUGGCAGGAAGCUAGAGAAAUCUACCCACUUUCUGGCUCAAUGUGGACAUCUGUGGAUUGGCCAGUUUUACUGAGAAGUGGCUCUUCCCCAGCAGGCAGAACCUUCCAAUGUUGAGGCAUUUUAUUUUCAUGUGCGCAACAGGCUUUCUUGUGAACUAACAGGAAAGUCUCUUCCAAAGGCCUGCAUAGCUAGGGGGGGAGCAUCAUUUUUCAACAUGAUGUUAAGUUUUGAUAAGAGUCACCAACACUUUUAUCAUGGAACACCAGUGUGGCCAUUUUCUCUGUUCUGUUCAUACAUGGGGGAAGGGGUUUUUUUUUAGAGAGGAGGUAACCUAAA